AUUUAGCCUACAUUCUAUUUGCGUAAGCCAAGCACCCCCCCGCAUAGCUUUAAUUAUAUUUGAGUAAAACAAAGGAGAAUGUAAACAAUUUUUGACGCAAAAAGGAAGUUGGAGUCACGCUCAAAAUAUUUAUUCACGGCAAAAAUUGCGUAUUGAAGGACGCAAUGUAUUCUUAAAAUAUCUCAUAAAAACCACAUUGGGAGAUGCAUUCUAUUUUUAAACUGUAAACACACUUACGCAAGUUGAAAUUUUGAACGGAAAACUUACUCAUAAUCAUUCAUAAACCAACGCGCAAGUCUUUAGAACGCAGCAGAUAAUCUCAAUCAAAGUGAGAAGAGCAAUCGCUCAUUAAACUCGAAUUCAACAUGUUUGAAAACAUUUUUGAACAAUUUCACAGAGAUGGAUACGUCCUCAUUGACAACUUUUUAUCGUCUGAAGAGACUGAGGAGCUCAAGAAUGAAAUAAAUAAAGUAAUCGACGAAAUGCCACCCCAAACCGAAACGGCGAUAUUCAGCACAGAUGAUAACGAAGCGCUUAAAAAUCAGUACCUUUUGGAUAGUGCGGAUAAGGUGAGUUUCUUUUAUGAGAAGGGGGCCGUUGGAGGUGACGGUGAGCUGUUGGUGGAUCCACAUUUGGCUUUUAAUAAAAUUGGUCACACACUGCAUAGGGAUAACCAGCUGUUUAGGAAGAUUUCCUUCGACGAACGCGUCAAAGAAGUUUGCUUCCAACUCAAAAUGGCAGAGCCAGUCAUUGUGCAGAGCAUGUAUAUUUUCAAAAACCCAAAAAUUGGUGGCGAAGUAUUACCCCAUCAAGAUGCCAGCUACCUAUAUACGGAACCUUUAAAAACAAUCGGUUUUUGGAUAGCACUGGACGAUGCAACACUCGAAAAUGGCUGCUUAUGGUUUGCGAGAGGUUCGCACAAAAGCGGCGUACACAGGCGAUUCAUACGAAAUCCGGAUCCCGCCGCCGAUCCCCCGCUGAUGUACACCGGCCCCUCUCCGCACUAUCAGAAAAGCAGUUUUACCGCAGUUCCGGUUAAGAAAGGCAGUUGUAUCUUAAUACACGGGCAGGUGGUUCACUCCAGUGAGAGUAAUAAAUCGGACAAACAAAGAAAUGCGUACACUUUCCACGUCAUUGAGCAAAAAAAUACCAAGUAUUGUAGCAAAAAUUGGUGUCAGGCGAAAGAUGGGGUCUUCAUGAAUGUAUAUAGAAAUGUUUAAGCUAACUACUAAUUAAUAAAUAUAUUUGACGUCCA